AACCCGGAGAAAACUAAGAAAGCCUAUCUUUGUCGUACACAAUGCCUUAAAUCCUGGCUGUACGCUGAACAAAUCAAUCGACAGACGACUCCUGCAGGUGAGGAAUCGCUGGAAUUAGGUGAUCAUGAGAAAGAUUUAUGUCCUUCUAAUUACAGUAACACUUCUGGAUGGCGCGGAUUCUAAGGGGGAGAGGAAGGUGGACAACAAUGUCUCUAUCGGGCCACCAGAUCCGCAGGCUAUUUGGCCCGUUACGGACUAUCUACAUAACAACACAGGCUACGCGAUCCAGAAAAAUCUGUACGGCGUUUAUCAUGAAGUUACAUACACAUCGCCAGGACCGGAAGUAGGCUUAGCUAUGCUGCAGUUCGAUGCCACGAAAAAUUCCUUCAUGACAUUUUUCAAUGAUGGAUCCCUAAACGGUUUUCACGCAGUAACGUGGAUAUUUUAUGUCAAGCCACUGUUUCAGCAGAAAGCAGUAUUGAUGCAAUAUUAUGGAGAUGGGACGUAUCCCGGCAUGCAACUGCGAUUAAACUCAGACGACACCAUACAUCUUCGCAUUUUUAUAUGUGACGUAUUAGGAUGCACCAAGAAAACUUUCAAGACUAAAGAUACUAUGGCACCCCCAGGGGAGUGGACUCUCCUCGGAAUCACGUGGAACAAACUGUGGCCGUCACCGGAAGUGGACAUUUUCUCGACGAGCAAAGCGGACCAAUUUGAGAUCACUUUGCAGAUGGAUCACCUCCGUCUCUCUGGAGAUGUCUAUUUUGGGGUUUCCAUGGACAACAAAGAUUUUUUCACGGGGGAGCUGUCCUGUUUCCAGUUUUACAACACAUCCAUUAUUGGGAAAACCCAAGGCGGAACGCCUGACCUUUGUGACCCCAAAACAUACACUUUUCCGGAAUAUGGCGAUCCGAUUGGAAGUAUAGAAUUCUACAACCAGAUGCUACCUACUACAGCUGGAAUAGGAAGCACAACAGUGGCGGAAAUGACGUCAAUAACCAACCAAAUGACGUCAUUGAUCGAAACGGGAUCGACUGCAGAAACAGUGCUUGUUACAAAUUCGACAACACCAGCGACACCUAAUCUGGAUACCGAAUUUGUUUUCCAGUCAACGACGACGAAUAUUGUGGUCUCGGAGACAAAUUUUCCCGGACCGGAAACCUUCGUUCCUGUGGAUGAGCGGGUGAAGGACGUCUGCUCCAAGUUUUUGUUGGUCGGCAAACAACUGUCUUUAGCAUCCCCAAUAUCCAGUUCCUUCGCCGGAAGCUGGUCCUCGUGCACCAGACUGUGUCUCGCUGACGUCAGCUGUAACUACGUUGCCUUGGAUACUAUUAGCGGCAUGUGCUCAUUGAGCACAGAUUCCCUGACAGUACCAUAUCCUUCAUCCUCCGUAUAUGAAAAAUCAUCGCAUUAAGCCACGUGUCUAAAUGUACACGUGUCUAAAUUUACACAUGUCAAGACGUACUGUGUCAAGAAUGUAAGACUUGCUAAAGUUAACAUGGUCGACAUGUCAUGAAUAACAAUCUUCAACAUGACCAAUGUUAAUGUUUGUGGAUUUAAUGAUUUAUUCAUGAGUUACCAAUAUCGUCUUAGAUAAAUUUGCGAGUAGUUGCGCUUCACCUACCGCUGGUGAUGUCUCGAUGUUAGUGAAAAAUUCUUGAAGAGACUUAAGACCACUAAGCAAAGACCCCCCCCCCCUUACACAGGACAGUCAGCUACCAAUACAACACACACACAAAUAUGAUUCACUACUCGAAAACUUAUUUAACGAUACUUGAAUUUACACUACUUGUAAACUUAUUAAACGACACUUGAAUUUAUACUACUCGCAAACUUAUUAAACGACACUUGAAUUUACACUACUCGCAAUUAAACGUAUUUUACGACACUUGAAUUUACUCUACUCGAAAACUUAUUAAACAACAUUUGAAUUUACACUACUCGUAAACUUAUUAAACUACACUUGAAUUUAUACUUCUAGCAAAGUUAUUUCACGACAUUUGAAAUUACACUACUCACAAACUUAUUUAAUAACACCAGUAUUUACACUACUCGCAAACUUAUUUAACGACACAAGAAUUUACACUACUCGCAAACUUAUUAAACGACACUUUAAUUUAUACUACUCGCAAAUUCAUUUAACGACACUUGAAGUUACACACCUCUCAAACUUAUUUAACGACACUUGAAGUUAUACUACUCGCUAACUUAUUUAACGACACUUAAAUUUACACUACUCGCAAACUUAUUUAACGACACUUGCUACAAACAAUUUCCAUCCUAAAAUAAUGAAAAUCAAAACUUUUAUGUUUUUACAAGAAAAAUAAAUGCAAUUCAUUUUA